AUGGCGGGGAUCAUGGAAGUUCGUCUCCAACUCGCUUGGCAAUUGUUGCUAUUUCUUGGACAAUGCAAAAGUGUUUCAGCCUUCGUUGAUUUCACCUGUAUCACCAAGCCCCGUAUUGAUAUCUACAGCGAAGACACCUACAUCGCCGGCUAUCUACAUGGCGGUAAUGCUACGCUGUCCUUCGCUCGAACAACCUACACAAGCUUCGAUAACAUAAACGACCAGUUAGGGCUACCUUCAGUCCACUACUAUUUGGAAACGCAUUCGUCAUCUACAGGAGGUAAGAUCUCUAUUCUUCUAUUGCCAGCGCCUGGAGGAAAGACUAGGAUUGGAGCCUUCGCCUGUAGAGCCGUUAUGACGGGAAGGGGUAGGCCUAACAUCAGCAUUGGUACUGUCAUCAUGAGCAAAACCGCUGACUUCCUCCCUACCCGAGUGAGUCGGACCGCAAACCGGGGAGAUGCAGUCAAUCUGACUGUCACUGCAACAGACCCAUACCGUACCAACACUCGCUGGAGAAAGGACGGCAGUGCACCAUACCUGCACCAAAGGGACAGUUUUAACUUUGACAUUGCAAAUGUAACUCUCUCAGACAGCGGGGUUUACGAGGUCCAUUCUGCCGGGGAACGUAGCACUGGAAAACAGGCACUCAUGCGGUUGAUUUUCAGGGCAUGCCAAAAAGAUAAAUGGAAUGCGCCCUCGUGCGACAGGGUUUGCCCCGUCUGUUUCAAUGGCGGUAUGUGUGACGACUGGAGUGGAGACUGCAUUUGCCCGCCUGGAUUCAGCGGCCAAUUCUGCGGAAUACCGAAAGGCACCAACUGCUUUGGCCAAAACGGAAGUUUUCGUUGCGACUCACCUGAGUUAGGAGGCGGUCCUACGUGUGCAGGGAUGCUGUUCUGUUUACCAGAUCCUUAUGGCUGCUCGUGUGCUGCAGGGUACCAAGGAAUCGACUGCAAUGAAACAUGUGGUGAUGGUUUCUACGGAGCAGACUGUGGACAGACAUGUCACUGCAUGGACGGGGUCGCGUGUGACGGAAUCAACUGCCAAGACAGAACUACGGGCGAGUGUUUCGGAGUCUGCGCGCCACGAUUCACGGGAAUCAUUAACUGCCGCUUUAUUUGCCCUUGUUUCACAGAGAAGACGUUCAUUUGGCAACCCGUGAACUGUCCAAACGGCACGGUGAUUGUGAAUUACGUGUACAAGUUCGUGACAGUUGAGAGUGACCAGGAACUUGAAGCAGUACGGACUGAAGGCAACUCUGUAUCUGUACACCUGCCAUUGUGUGGUACACUGUAUGAAUUUGAGGUAGCUGCUGAAACCACCAAAGGCAUCGGACCAUUUAGCUACAAAUCCAUAUUUGCGUCUUUUGAAGAAGUCCCAGAUGCCGUUGACGGACUGACCGUUCAGGGCACCAGUCACAAUGGAGUCACGCUGUUGUGGGAAGUUCCUGGAACUAGCCAAGAGUACCCCUGCCCUACAUCUGACUACUUGGUGACCUUUGACCUCAUAAACCUGGAGCAGUGUCUGGAGGUUCAUCAACAUGGCGGAUCGGUGACCACCACUAACACCAGCAUCACUCUGCGAGGACUGAAGGCUUACUCUACUUACAAUGUGUCUAUUACACCACGAAAUCAGGCUGGAAACGGCACGACAUCUUCAGCCCAAUUUACAACUGGAGAAACAGUUCCACAGAUUCCACCCGAAUUCAAAAGCAGUUCAGCAACGACUGACAGCAUCACGUGGACAUGGAACCCCAUCCCUUGUGGAAGCAGAGGUGGCAACAUUACUGGCUACAGGACACGUUUGUUUAGACCCGAUGGGCUACUUGGUAAAAGGGGUGAUUUAACCACGUCAGUGACAUACACAGGUUUAGAACCCUGUACAAAUUACACUCUUGCUGUGCAGGCAUACACCAGUGAAGGAGGAGGACCAUCAGUAACUUUGCAUCAACAAACGGCCACUGCUGUUCCAGAUGCUGUAUCAGACAUAUCCAUCCACGUCAUUUCACGUGAACGAAACGAAUUCGACGUUCGUUGGACCUCCUCCGAUGGAGCCUGCCCUGCGACAUCUUACAGUGUAACAUAUGAGCUCAUCACGAUGGACCGAUGCACCAUGCAGAACCCACCAAUCAUAACAGAUGUAGGAACGGUCGACACUACUCACGCUACUCUCCACCUACCUGCGUAUUACUCAAAGUACAGAGUAUCCGUCGCGCCAAUCAAUGAAGCUGGACAUGGUGAAGAAAAUUCCAUGGUUAUAGAUACAAAAGAAAACACACCAACUGCAGCACCGGUUAUCCGAAGUACAGCAUCCAAUAACAGCAUCACGUUCUCCUGGGAUCCCAUCCCUUGUGGCAGUAGACGUGGCAAUAUCACUCACUACGAGUACAGAUUCAGAGAUCCAGGCCCAUACGAGGAGGUCAAUUCUAUCAAGAAGAGAAACAUCUCAAAACUGUCUGUUACCUUUCACGAUUUAUCACCGUGCACCACUUACUCAUUCAGAGUUCGAGCAUAUACUCGCAUAGGAGCUGGUCUGUGGACAAACUGGACACACCAAGAUACAGUCGUAAUAGAUGAAAUCCAUUCUCUUAACCUCCAACCCUCAACCAAUGAAAUCAAGGCCUCUUGGACAACUGCUGGAAACGAGGACAACCCUUGCCCUCUGACCUCGUACCGCGUUAGCUACCAGCUUCUCAACUUGGAGCAGUGUCAACCACGGACCGAUCCUGCAGUGAUUCGCGCAGCAGUUGUGAAUGGCAGUGACAUCAGCAUCACAUCAAUGCAUGCGUACUCUACGUACAGUGUGCAAGUUGUACCAGCAAAUAAUGAUGGCGCAAAUUACUUGAAGAGCAAGACGGUUACGACUGAUGAAGGAGGUUAG